GAGAAGUGCAACAGCAUAAAACCUGCAGCUUUGGUCGCCGCUGCACACCUCUAUACUUUAUAGAUACAAUUAUUUUUGCACUAAGCAGCGAUGUCAUCAUCCUCAACUUCCAGCCCCACGGACAAUAGCUCCCACGGUUCUGUGGCUCUUUCUUCUUUCGCCGCCAUAAAUGCCGUGUCAGGGACAAACACAAGCACAAGUGGGAGCCAGAAGCCAUUUUCCCUCUCGGAGCGUUUGAACUUUGAGAUCUACCGUUAUUCCAGUUAUUCGCCAAAUUAUCUGCCUGAGAAUAUACUCGUAGACACCCCGAACGAUCAAACGUCCCGCUGGUCAGCCUACACCAACAUCCCCCCACAGUUUCUUACCUUGAAGCUGCGACGCCCCGCCAUUGUGAAGAAAAUCAAAUUUGGCAAAUUCGAGAAGUCGCACGUUUGCAACAUAAAGAAGUUUCGUGUAUUUGGGGGCCUGGAGGAUGAGCACAUGGUCUUGUUGCUAGAGGGUGGACUCAAGAACGACAAUAUACCAGAAGUAUUCAACCUGCGCUGCAUGACCGAAGACGGUUCGGAGAAUCUACCAGUACUGUAUCUCAAGAUUGUUCCACUGCUGUCUUGCGGUCCAUCGUUCAACUUUAGUAUAUGGUACAUCGAAAUCCACGGUCAAGACGAUCCCAUGUAUACGUGUGCGAGGAUGAAGAACUAUAACACACUACGAGAAAUUGAGAUUAUCAAGUUGUGCCUCAAGCACUUCCGGCAGCAGGGCUACAUGAGUGCCUUCGGGGCGCUUCAGGAACAAACAAAUGUGAAACUGGAGCACCCGCACAUCAGUGAACUGCACAAAUACCUGGUAAUGACUCUGUAAUAUCAAUGAUUUACAUUUUUCCAUCGAUUCCCACGAUUACGUUCAAAGGUGGUGAGAAGGCCGAGCGCUUCAUCGCAGAGUGCAUCGAUGAGGGGCUCAUGGACGAAUAUCUUUACAAGCAAGACUAUAAGCACAACUGGCAUAUGAAACACACUGAAAGCGAGGUAAAACCUGGCACUCGUGGUGGCCAUCAGUUGGUGGUGGAUGC